AUGAAGGGCAAUGGCAGCGCUCUGCUCAAUGCCUCGCAGCAGGCACCAGGCGGUGGGGAGGGUGGGCGGCCGCGGCCGUCGUGGCUGGCCUCUACACUGGCCUUCAUCCUCAUCUUCACCAUCGUGGUGGACAUCCUGGGCAACCUGCUGGUCAUCCUGUCCGUGUACCGCAACAAGAAGCUCAGGAACGCAGGAAAUAUAUUUGUGGUGAGCUUGGCUGCUGCAGACCUCGUGGUUGCUAUUUACCCUUAUCCUUUGGUGCUGACAUCCAUAUUUAACAAUGGAUGGAAUCUGGGAUAUCUGCACUGUCAAAUUAGUGCAUUUCUGAUGGGUUUGAGUGUCAUUGGCUCAAUAUUCAACAUUACCGGGAUCGCCAUUAACCGCUACUGCUACAUUUGCCACAGUCUCAAGUACGACCGACUCUACAGUAACAAGAAUUCCCUCUGCUACGUGUUCCUGAUAUGGGUGUUGACGCUAGUCGCCAUCAUGCCCAACCUGCAAACCGGAACUCUCCAGUAUGAUCCCCGGAUCUACUCCUGUACCUUCACACAGUCUGUCAGCUCGGUGUACACGAUAGCAGUGGUGGUUUUCCAUUUCAUCGUGCCUAUGAUUAUCGUCAUCUUCUGCUACUUAAGAAUCUGGAUCCUGGUUCUUCAGGUCCGACGGAGGGUGAAACCCGACAGCAAACCCAGACUGAAGCCACAGGACUUCAGGAACUUUGUCACCAUGUUCGUUGUUUUUGUACUUUUUGCUAUUUGCUGGGCCCCGCUCAAUUUCAUCGGGCUCAUUGUGGCUUCAGACCCUGCCACCAUGGUCCCCAGGAUCCCAGAGUGGCUGUUCGUGGCUAGUUACUAUAUGGCAUAUUUCAACAGCUGCCUCAAUGCAAUCAUAUAUGGACUCCUGAACCAGAAUUUCAGACAGGAAUACAAAAGAAUUAUCGUCUCAUUGUUCACAGCCAAGAUGUUCUUUGUGGACAGCUCAAACGAUGCGGCAGAUAAGAUUAAAUGUAAGCCUGCUCCACUCAUAGCCAAUAAUAAUUUAAUAAAGGUGGACUCUGUUUAAAAAGCCAGUGGUGCUAGCAAA